CGCGCGUGCGCAGUCUCGCCGCUUAGUCUCUGUCUCUUCCGGCUGUUUGUCCGGGAAGCGGAUUCGGGAGGAGCGCGCGUAUCCCGGUGACCGGGCCCCCUCACCAUCUUGCCGCUAUGGCCCGGGACUAUGACCAUCUCUUCAAGCUGCUGAUCAUCGGCGAUAGCGGUGUUGGGAAAAGCAGUUUACUUCUAAGGUUCGCUGACAACACUUUUUCAGGCAACUAUAUAACGACCAUUGGGGUUGACUUUAAAAUUCGAACUGUUGAGAUCAAUGGAGAGAAAGUGAAACUUCAGAUAUGGGACACUGCAGGCCAGGAACGUUUUAGGACCAUAACAUCCACGUAUUACAGAGGCACUCAUGGCGUUAUUGUUGUCUAUGAUGUAACCAGUGCAGAAUCUUUUGUCAAUGUAAAACGAUGGUUACAUGAAAUAAAUCAGAACUGUGAUGACGUAUGUCGGAUACUGGUGGGAAAUAAAAAUGAUGAUCCUGAUCGGAAAGUGGUGGAGACUGAAGAUGCCUAUAAGUUUGCUGGACAGAUGGACAUACAGCUUUUUGAGACUAGCGCCAAAGAGAACUUAAAUGUUGAAGAGAUGUUUAACUGUAUAACUGAAUUGGUCCUCAGAGCAAAGAAGGAGAAUUUGGCAAAACAGCAGCAGCAGCAACAGAAUGAUGUGGUGAAACUAAAUAAAAACAGUAAACGGAAAAAGAAGUGUUGCUAGGUUCAGGCACAGCACAGAGGCUGCUCUCAAUCUGAACAUUUGCUCUUGGGACAAAGAGUAGUAGUGCCAUGGGCAGUGCCCAGCUUUCAGGGGUUGGGGCAUUUUCUCAGUUUUGUGCUGUUUAUUUAAGAAUUUCUCCAGGUUUUCUAUUGAGGCGCUGGCAUCUUUUAUUGCUGUGCCAGAAGGUGUUGUGGAUUCUUGUCAUCCCCUUGCCACACCUGCUCUUCAAGAGUGAUUGCCAGAAAGGACAGUUGCAGUGCCUACCCUGUGGACUGAUAUAACAAGAGUCUGUACAUACUGUAUAUUGCGAUAAUCGGCUUCGCCUCCCUCCUCUUGCUUUGGCUUAUGCCUUUUCGCCAACCUUUCAUGAUGUAUAAACAUGAACUGAUCACCUUUUUAAAGAUUUAGUACAGAUGACGUCUUAACCUUGGCUUGUGCCUAGUUUCAUGUCUAGCCAUGAUGGUAGACUUAAUUAGACCUGGCUACUAAUUUGCUUCCCUGUGAUUUAAUUUGUCAGAAUGCAACCAUGUUCCAGAAAACAAAGCUUCAGCCGUCACCUUAGCUCAUACAGAAUUUAAAGUGAUACUUGUCCUGGAAGUUGAUUUAUACUUCCCUCUUAAGCAAUUGGGUAAGAGUUAAGCCCAUGUCAACAUACUGUCGGAGCGCUUCUGCUGUUUAGAAAUCCAGGUGCCAAAGGCUCGUAUUGGAGAGCACACAAACUAAGGGUGAACAAGACAGUGUACAUAACUUCCAUAAAUUUGCAUUGUUUAAGAUGAAAUGUAGGAUUUGGGACCAGGGGUCAGUAGCAUUGCAGUAAUUCACACCCUACCCCCAAAAAAAAAAGCAACCGCUUGACCACUCCAAGGGUGCCUUUUUAAUUCAGCAGGAGCCUAUACCCUCGUGACAUUUUGGGAGGUGUGUAGGAUUGAGUAGCUUGAAUGGGCAUACUUAUUUUUGCAUCAGUAUCUCUUUAAACAAACUAAUUUGUUUUUAACAAAUGGUGGAUGGAUCCUGAACUGUAAAGUCACUUGCCAUUAGAACCAAUAUGUGUAUUUGUGAGAAAACAAUUAUGAGAAAUAUAUAUAUAUAUAUAUAUAUAUAUAUAUAUAUAUAUAUAUAUAUAUAUAUAUAUAUAUAUAUAAAAAAAAUCUGCCAAAUUUUUUGUACCAUCCUGUUCAACAUAGGAACUAAUAAAAAUGUGAAUUUUGGAUCCUGAAUUAAAAAAAAGGGGAAAAAAGAAACAAACUUCCCAGAUUGUGUCACUGAAUUUGUCGACUUUCUAAUAUAUAAAUAAAUCCAUUAGCUGUCUUCAGUGAAAGGUACAGUAAAGUCAAAAGUAAACUUUUAUGAUUCACUUAGAACAGUGAUGGUGAAACCUUGGCACUCCAGAUCUAUCAGAACCACAUUUCCCAUGAUGCUUAGGCACUCCAGUUGAGCAUCAUGGGAAAUGUAGUUCUGAAACAUCUGGAGUGCCAAGGUUCGCCAUCACUGACCUAGAACAUGCAAUUUCUAACAACCUUCCAAUUGACUUCUCUUAUUCUUUGUACUUUUUGCUUCCUUUGUUGAAAAGCAUACCUAGGUAGACUCAGGAGCAGCAAUGCACUGCUGGAAACUAGCUGCUGAUUGGUGGCAGCACAUAUGCCUUUUGUCAUGUGUUCAGCUAGCUCCCAUUAGUGCAUUGCUGCUCCUUCAACAAAGAAUAUGAAGAGAAUGGCAUAUUUGAUAAUAGAUGUAAAUUGUUUUACAAGAGUAUGCUCAAAUAAUGAAAUAGUUUUUGGGUGUCCUAUCACUCAAAGUUGGAAUUUUUUUUAUCACAUAUAAGGAAACUGGAGAUUCGGAUGUGUGAGGAAAAAAGGCAAGUACACAAGAAAAAAAAUCAUAGAAAUAUUUUUAUUUGAUUUACAAUAAAAAGAUUUUUUACUAAAAUAUGACACUUUAUAUAUAUAUUAUAAAACAACUGUAUGCAAUACUGUUCAAUAUAAAAAUUCUGCUAUGUACAUGGAGCAUUUCUCAGUACAUGAGCUGUAAGGAACAGCAAGAUGGUUCCUCUGUGCUAUGCUCUGCCUGGAAGACAAGAGGUAGGGAGUCUGUCCUGUAAAUAGAGCAGCUCAGGACUUCUCUACAUUUCUCUUGCUGUUUUACAUUAAAGGAAGUAAAUAAGGGAAGCUGUGGAGUGUAAAACAAACCACUUGCUAAGCCUCUUAUGCUGUAACAAUAAAUAAAGUACAUCUGAAUAUAGUCAUAGGACUGAACAGAACAAAUAUCCAGUUCUGUCUUUCAGGAGUCUGAACCUUCCCUGUCAGGGGCUUUAUAUCUUCAUUACAAAAUCACUGUCCUAUUCCUUUUUUCAGUGAACAUCACUUGUAACAAUAUAGCUUACAGUUGUCAUCCAUCAAAUAUCAAAGUGUUAUUUAACAAUGAACACUAACAUUUAGUUUUCUUUAGAAAUGAGAAGAGACUCCUCCCUUCUGCCCCAAUGUUCUCCUCUCCAACCCGCUCUGAACGGUUCAGAGUGCUAACUUUGCCACAAUGUUUUAUUUGGUGGUUGCUGGAGAAGGAAUAUACAAUCUGGUUCCAUUCCUUCUGGUGUUUGUCCAUCAGUUGCUGGUCAAUGACUUGGUGCAUGUCAUCCUGUACCAAAACAUAAAACAGCCACAAUGUUUUGUUUAUUUCUGAGGCAAAUGUGAGAUUAACCCCUUGGCUACAAGAGGCAGCUUCAAAGUUCGUAUUGUACUUGUAAAAGCUAUGACCUAACCAACUUGACAAUAUAUUGAAAAUUGGCAAACACUUAUUUGUUGUAAAAGUUUAUACAUUUAGGAGAUUUACUAGUCAGAAACACUAUCGUUGAGAGGAUUUAUGUAUAGAAUAACCAUAGUACUGAUAUUUAAUUUAGAUAAAUUUUCAGGAAAUUAAUUUAUGGGAUUAAACAUUUUACUUAAUGGAAAUUUGACACAAUUCUGUAGAGUCUCAGAAUUUUUUUUAUGAACAAAGCAAAAACAAACCAGAGUUUACCUGAUUUUAUGCAUUUAUAGGAACAAACUCCUGCAUUAAAGGGACAGUCAAGUCCCAAAAAACUCAUGAUUCAAAUAGGGCAUGUAAUUUUAAAUAACUUUCCAAUUUACUUUUAUCACCAAUUUUGCUUUGUGCUCUUGGUAUUCUUAGUUGGAAACUAAACAUAGGAGGUUCAUAUGAUAUUUUCUUAGACCUUGAAGGCCGCCACUAAUCUAAAUGCAUUUUGACAGUUUUUCACCACUAGAGGGUGUUAGUUCAUGUGUUUCAUAUAGAUAACAUUGAGCUCAUGCAUGUGAAUUUACCGAGGAGUGAGCACUGAUUGGCUGAAGUGCAAAUCUGUCAAAAGAACUCAUAAGGGGGCAGUCUGCAGAGGCUUAGAUUCAAGGUAAUUUCAGAGGUAAAACGUGUAUUAUAACUGUUGGUUAUGCAAAACUGGGGAAUGGUUAAUUAAGGGAUUAUCUAUCUUUUAAAACAACAAAAAUUAUGGUGUUGACCGUCUCUUUAACUUGUUUCCAUUUAGUCUGUAUAACACUUUGACACAUUGUAGUUAAUGGGACAUUUCAGUAUAAAUUGGUAUUUAUUGGAAUUUUUAAUGCUGCUCUUAGGAUUUCAACCAGAUUUUUACAACAGUCGCUCUAGUUUAUAUUUCAGUUUUCAAAUUUACUAAUGAGAGCAGGUAAUUUAGGUGACAUGUAUUCACAACUCAACUUGUUUGUGCACAUGGUUUACACACAAAUUCUCACAUUCCUACAUCCUAUAAAGUUUGUGUGUUUUAUAAAAUACUUUGUUCUUUUUGUUAAUCUAAUAUACAUCUAUCUAUAUCUCAGACAAACAUUAGCAAUACGAGUGGUUCUAAAAAAAAACGCAAUGACUUUAUACGUGGCACUGUUAGAGGAUGCCACCUUUGCCAUAAGUCAGUUUGUGAAAUUAUUGUCCCAGCCAAUAAGUGCUAUUGUGAAGUGGAAGCAUCGAGGGGCAGCCUAGCCACAUUGCACCUCAGAGUAGAGCUGUCAUGAGCUGAAGCGUGUAAUGAUCACCUGUUCCAUCACUCACUACAGAGAUUCUAAACAACAUCAGUAGAACUGUGUGUUGGGACGCUAUGAAAUGGUUUCUAUGGCCCAUCACCUGUACACAAGACUCACAUUAACAAGCACAAUGCCAAGCAUUGGCUGGAGUGGUGUAAAGCUAGGUGCCACUGGACUCUGGAAAUGUGCUCUCUUGAAUGAUUAAUUGUACUUCACUAUUUGGCAGUCUGAUGGAAGAAAUCUGUGUGUGGCAGAUGCUAGGAGACAAUUUAACUACAAAAUGUUUGAAAUAUAGCUAUAAAACACUUUGUCAUUCUUCUCCCCUCCUCCCCAUAUAUAGUUCUACAGCAUCCCUUCAAAGAGCUACUACCAAGAUUGUUAUUGUACUCUAAAUGUAAGUGUUUGAAAAAUAAACUUAUGUUUCUUGGCAA